CUUUACCGCUUCACGAAAAUUGACAAUUGCUGAGAAAGAAGAAGAAGAAGAAGAAGAAGACAGAGACCACUAUGGUGUGUCAUCCAUUGUUAUUGUUUUGAAUGCGCCCUUGACAGUUUGUUGCGCACUUUCGUCGAGUAAACAUGUUCGGAGGACACUUUUUCGUAGAUGAAAGACCAAUAAAUCUGUUAAAAAAACCGUCUAUCUACGUUUUCUCUCGUCCAUUUAAUUUGCGAUCGGUAAAACCACGGGAUACACGUCGAAUUUACACAACGGCUUUGCUCAAAGCAUCGAUGCGUUGCACUGAGAACAUUCGCGAAAGCAUCGAAGUGAUUAAUGACAACGGUGAACCAUACAAUAUUGAACUAUCCAAUGGUGAAACAGUUUGUGUCAGAGCCUUUCAAUGGGGUAGCAAAACACUGAACGUUAUAUUUUUAUUCGAACAUAAGAAGAAUUUUACAUUAUACGCUGGCCGUUUUACUUCUUCUGGUGAUAUUGUGCAGCACAAUUUACUACCAUGCCUAAUGCGGGAGAAUAGGAUAGAUGAGUUAUACGUUGACAUAACGGCGUACAACAUUACUGAGUUCAAUUUGAAACGGAAAGCCUGCCGCGAAAUUCAAGAAUUACUUUCAGAUAGUGAUCAUAAAAAAUUCCAUAUGUUGAUUGAUAAUUUUGGUUAUGAAGACUUGAUAUUUGAGCUGGUAAAAAAUGAAGUGAAAAUAUACCUUGACCCAGAAUAUUCGACUGAAAUAUUCAAAUGGCAACAAUGUCUGGACCAAUUUUGCACUGAUCAAGCCGAAGCAGACAUAAUUCUGGUCAAUAAACUGGCAGAAGACACGGAAAAACAAUUCCGUGAAGACAAUAUCAUCAGCAUAAAAUUGACAACAGACAGUCGCGCUACUGAUUCAGAUCAUCUUCGUAUCGUGAAAUACACGUUCUAUCCAACUCAAGCAGAUAUAUUUCACACCGUCUUUUUGGCAUCACCUGUUGGCAUUAAUCCAAUCAACCAAACCGACACCAUUCCACUUGAACUCUGCGAAUUGUGCCGAUAAUCCUAAUAAUAUGCACGAAAUAUGCAUCCAGUUGAUAAAAAGUUCUAGCAUGUUAGAAACUAAUGUUUAAGAAAACACAAUCACGUUAGCUCCUUUACUGUCGUUCAUUUUUUUUUUUAAAUUAAUUUCAUGUUUUGUUGAUGAAAUUUACAUAAAUAAUGUUUGAAAUUAAAAAUUGAGGAGAAAAAUAAUAUUAAAUGGAUUAGUCUGUGCUGUGUGCUUUUCUUUGUUUCUUUUUCAUUUGGGAUUGCUUGAA